AUGGGUAGACCUAUAACCUGUCUCAUCCUAAUCGCCUAUCUCUGGCUAUCAGCCACCUCAAAAGUGCUGCCGAUCGACGAGGAAGACCAACUUCUGUACGAGCGAUUCGCACGGCAAGGUGUCGAAAAAUUCAACCAUCAAUCGAACGACGCCUACAAAUGGGAACUCGACAGAACGUGGGAGGUGGAGAGAAAAUUGUCCGGCGGCAUUCACUACUCCAUUUUUGUCACAUUGGUCAAAACCGAUUGUAAGAAGGGUCAGGAGGAGGUGGAGGGGAGAAAGUGUCGGAAGACAGAUACUCUCAAGAAAUGCCAAGUUGAGAUUAGUCGUCGUGUGAAGAGACAUGGAUACGGUCUCAAGGACGUUGCUCAUAUCAAGCACUGCGAGGAGGAGUUCACAAGAAACAUUGAUAAGUUCGAUCAUCGCAAGAUCCAACUCACACACGAUGAUUCAAUUACUGUUCAAGAAUUGAGAAAAGCGAAAAUCAUCCGGCCAAGAGACUACGUCAUCUGGAACUCCUUCUUGGACUUUAUUGAUAGACACGAGAAACGUUACUCCAACAAACGCGAAGUCCUCAAAAGAUUCCGUACUUUCAAGAAGAACGCCAAAGUGAUCCGAGAACUUCAGAAGAACGAACAAGGAAGCGCUGUGUAUGGAUUCACAAAGUUUUCUGAUAUGACAACGAUGGAAUUCAAGCAAACGAUGCUUCCGUAUCAAUGGGAGCAACCAGUCUAUCCAAUGGCUGAAGCUGAUUUUGAGAAAGAAGGCGUCACGAUUUCCGAAGACGAUCUUCCAGACUCGUUUGAUUGGAGAGACCAUGGAGCUGUGACUCAAGUGAAGAAUCAAGGAAAUUGCGGAAGUUGUUGGGCAUUCUCAACUACUGGAAAUGUCGAAGGAGCUUGGUAUUUGGCGAAGAAGAAGUUGGUUUCGCUUUCGGAACAGGAGUUGGUUGAUUGUGAUAGUGUCGAUCAGGGAUGUAAUGGUGGAUUGCCAAGUAAUGCCUACAAAGAGAUCAUGCGUAUGGGCGGUCUGGAACCAGAAGACGCCUAUCCAUACGAUGGAAAAGGUGAAACUUGUCACAUUGUCCGAAAAGACAUCGCUGUCUACAUCAACGGAUCCGUCGAGCUGCCACACGACGAGGUGAAGAUUCAGAAGUGGCUCGUCACCAAGGGACCCAUUUCUAUUGGUCUCAACGCGAACACUCUCCAAUUCUACCGCCAUGGCGUUGUUCACCCCUUCAAGAUCUUCUGCGAACCGUUCAUGCUCAAUCACGGAGUUCUGAUUGUCGGCUACGGAAAAGACGGUCGCAAACCAUACUGGAUUGUGAAGAACUCGUGGGGACCGACGUGGGGAGAGUCCGGAUAUUUCAGACUGUACCGUGGAAAGAAUGUUUGUGGAGUACAGGAGAUGGCUACGUCGGCUCUUGUUAACUAA